UCCAGAGCAAACAGCACCAAAACAGCCAUGUACAACAACCAGAACAACAUUCUCCAUCCCCAACCAACACACCCUGCUCUUCCCACGUCCAGUAUUCUCAUGAACCAGGGACUCGACCAACAAACACACCAGAGAAACCGAUCCACGAACUACCAAUCUCCUUAUCUUAACCAAUUCGCCAACAACCAGACUGCUAUCCCUCAGGCUCAACCUCAAUUCCAGGGACAAUUUCAAUCACAACAACAGCAACAACUGUCCCAGCCCCAGUUCCAACAGCAAUUCCAACAGCAGCAGCAACAGACACAACAGCAAUCAGCUAAUAUAAAUGCUUCAGCUUCUUCUCAAUUCAUGCCAAACUUAUUUGGUAAUCCCUUAAUCAAUGAAUCUGCCAUGUUGGCAGGAAAAUCCUAUAUUGAUUCCAAUUUUAAAAGUUAUUUACAAAUUAACUCUCAAACCUCUGACGAUUUAAAAUAUUAUUUCAAAGUUUCUAAUGAUUAUGUUUUAAGAAAGAUUUUUUUGAUCUUGUUUCCAUAUAAAAAUAAAUCAUGGUUGAGACAAAUGAACCAAUCAAUUGAUUCAAAAGGCAAUAAAUUUGACAAUUUUUCUUCUCCAAUUUUUGAUAUCAACGCACCUGAUUUAUAUCUCCCAAUAAUGGGUUACACAACCUAUAUUUUUCUAUUGGCAGUUAUUAGUGGAUUGUCUGGUAAUUUUCAUCCGGAACUAUUCGGUUAUUCGUCCACUAAAAUACUUAUUAUUCAAAUUAUAGACUUCUUAAUUUUAAAAUUGUUUUUAUAUUUAUUGAAUAACGAGUCUAAAAAUUUGGAUUUGGUUUGUUAUUCAAAUUAUAAAUUUAUUCCAUUAAUAUUGAUAUUGUUGCUAAAACAAUUUCUCUCGGUUAGUUCAUUGUCAAAUACAAAUCUAAAUUCAUCAAUUUUUUCAUUGACUAAUAUUUUUUACUACUUGACUAUACUAUUAUUGAAUUUUUCAUUUGAAUUUUUCUUAAUGAGAUCUUUAAAAUACAUUUUUCUUGGUAAUGGUUUGGUGAACAACAGUGCUCAAACAAUUCAACAAAAGCAAAGACAACGAAGAAUUUAUUUUCUUUUUUGUUAUAGUUUUAUAGUUCAGAUGAUCAUAAUGUUCUUCUUAGCAUAAUUUAUAAUUAUAUUUAAACAAACUAGAAAUCACAGCCAAUGAUGUAUUAAUAAACUAUCAUCAAAAC